GCGACGGAGAGGAAUUUAGCAAUCCCCUUAGUAACGGACACCAAGGUAACGGAGAAGUGAGAAUACCCGGAUAUACUACUGUGAGCGGGAUCCAUGGCCGAGACUGGGUGGUGUUCACAUCUCAGUUGUUUGUGCAUUUGCUGAAAUCUGAUGCUUUCAGCAUUCUGAAAAGGGAUGUUUAGUCUCAUGGCUAACUGCUGCAGCUGGCUAAAACGUUGGCAAGAACCUGUAAGGAAAGUAACUCUAGUGAUGGUAGGGUUGGAUAAUGCUGGGAAAACUGCAACUGUGAAAGGAAUUCAAGGAGAGUCUCUAGAAGAUUUAGCUCCCACAGUGGGUUUUUCAAGAAUUGAUCUGAAACAGGACAAGUUUGAAAUCACCAUCUUUGAUUUGGGAGGAGGGAACAGAAUCCGCGCUAUCUGGAAGAACUAUUACUCUGAGUCCUUUGGUGUUAUUUUUGUUGUGGACUCCAGUGAUGUUGAUCGAAUAGAAGAAGCCAAAGAAAUUGUGGCAGAGGUCAUAAGGCAUCCUAAGAUAUCGGGGAAACCUGUGCUAGUAUUGGCAAACAAACAAGAUUGUGAUGGAGCAUUAGCAGAGGCUGAUAUCAUAGAGUACCUUUCAUUGGAAAAGCUGGUCAAUGAAAAUAAAUGUUUAUGUCAAAUUGAGCCAUGUUCUGCAACUUUGGGGCAUGGAAAAAAAUUGGACAAAGCCAUUAGGAAAGGCCUUGGUUGGCUUUUGAACACCGUAGCAAAAGAUUAUGACAUUCUACAAGAAAGGGUACAAAAAGACACAAUGGAACAGAAGGCUCAAGAAGAGAAAGACAAACAAGAUCGGGCAGAAAGAGUCCGUAGAAUACGAGAGGAAAGAGAACACAAAGAAAAGGAAGAGGGGCACCCUCUAAACCCGGAUGAGGAUGAUGAACCUGACCCAAAAGUAAACCCUUUUCAACCUAUAUCUAAGGUCAUUUCUGUGAAUGAAGAGAAAAUCAGAAAACUGAAAGAGAAAAACAAACCAAAACCUAGUGGAGAGAUUCCAAUAAGUUCUUCAGAAAAGUCAAAAUCAUCUAAGAUGCAAUCUGGCAACGGCAAUCAAAUGUUUGAGAAAGUGAAGCCAGUCGCCCGUGUAUUAACUGAGCAACAUGAGGAAAUUGAGUGCAACCAAAAAAUGAUAGACUCUGAGCCUGGGAAGAGAAAGGUUAAAAAGAUUCCUAUAAAGAGAAAGAAUAGGGUGGAGCCAUUCAGUACAGAUGAAGACUCUGAAAAUUCAAGCCCACCACCGCCACCUGUUGGCUGGGGUACUCCCAAAGUUAACAGACUUCCAAAACUUGAGCCUCUUGGUGAAACCCAACAUAAUGAUUUUUACAGUAAGCCGCUCCCACCAGUGCAAGUAAGCCAGAAACCAAAUGCUGACACCCAUGAAGUUAUCUCCUAGCAAAAUGAUUUAAAGAACUUAGCAAGGAGGGAAAGAAUACAUCAUCACUUUUCAGAACAAAACAAAACUUUCCAUUCUGCAGUCAAGGAUUUAGCAUUGCUACGGCAUCAACAUGUUCAGCAAAAGAAUGGCUGCAAUAGACAGGCUUAAGCUUUAAGUGGUGUUGUUUGGCUAUUUUUGGCAAACAUAGGAGAAGAAAGAGGCAGUAAGACAAUACACCACAGAAGUAUUUUUCUGCUGUGUUUAAGCCAGUGGAAUUUUGUCCAAAUUGAAAAGUUCAUGAAGAGACAGAACCUGACAGAGAAAAGAAAAUCCUUUUUAAUGUAACAUUUGAUAUUUGUACAGUACAGAACAUUCCAUGUUUUUUGUGCUUAAUGUUUUGUUUUGAACAAUCUUUCUAGAAGAUGCAACAUAGUGAUGCAAGUAAUUAUGUUUCAAACUGAAGAUAUUUUAUGUUUUGUUUCAAAGUUCAAGCAAAGAGUCCUAUUCAUGUGGUCUUGAAACUCAGUUGGAUUAGAUGCCUGCAAGUACUGCAGUAAAAUUUUGUUAUAUUUUUAUGUGGAAGAAAAUAUGUCUUUUUUUUAAAAAAAGGUCACGCGUGAAAUUGGCAAGCAUAAUUCUUUUAAUUCUCUCAUAUACUGUUGAGUUGCCUCUGGAUAGGCUGUUCUAACUGCUUGUAAUAAUAUCUCAGAUUUUAUAUUGCAGAACUGCAAGUCUUUUGAAGACUCUCAAAUUUUGCAAUCAGAGCGAACAAACUACGAUUAUGUAGAUUACAGUCAUAUGAGACAUGAUUUUGGAAAUUGCUUGUAUUUUCAAUCCAGAGACGUAGGUAGAUCUGUUUUUCUAGAGGUCAGAUAUGUAAUGUAGUAUGCUUCAAUAGUCAUUAAAGUUGUGUGUAAAAUUUAGAGUUUUUAUUUUAAAAAAAACCUGCAUUGUUUCUAUGAUGUUUACUCCUUUUCUUAAUUUGUUUAUAAUAGUUACAAUUUUGUAUUUUUCGAACGAGUUUGUUUCGAACACUUCGUACAUCUUUCAGAAAGAAUCUUGCAUUUUUUAAAUAAAGGUAUUACUUGUGGUGAAAAGGGUAGAGUGAAUCACUUGGAAAAACCAUAAGAAAUAAGAACAGAUGGCUAAAUGGGCCUUUGAGCCUAUUUUGCCAUUUGCGAAGGCCAUGCUCAAACUUCAACCCCACCAGUCCUUUCACAGAUCUCUUGAGUGCAAAAUAUCUCCAUCUCAGCAUUGAAUAUGCUCAACAUCUAAGCAUCUUCAGCCUUCUAAUAGACAAAAUUACAAAAAUUCCUAACCCCUUAUCCUGAAACUUUAACUCCUAAUACCAGACUCCUCAGCCAGAUAAAUGACACAGCAGAUGUGAGGGUGCCAAGUUCUUUCAGAAUGUUUUAUGUUUCAAAGAGAUCACUUCUCAUUAUUCUGAGGUCCAGAGAAUGUAGAAUCACUACUUAUUCUCUCCUCCUACGACAACACUGUCAUUCCCGGAAAUCAAUCUGAUGAAACUCCAUUGAUUCACUUAUAGAGCAAUCGUAUAUUACCCUUAGAUAAGGAUAUCAAAUCCAGUUUAUGGUCUUUCCAAAUCCUGUGCAAUUGCGAUAAAACAUCCUUAUUUAUAUAUUAUGAUUUGCUUGCAAUAAAAGUCAAUGUCCUUUUUCCUCCUUAUUGCUUGCUACACUUAUUAUUUUUGUGUUCUGUGUAGAAGCACACAUAAAUCUGCCUGAACACCUGCAUUUAUUAUAUCAUUAAUGUUUUAAAAAUUAACUUUUUAUUCGCUGUGCUAACGAUUUCACAUUUCUUCACACUGCGCUCCUUACCUGCUUGUAGCUACACUGUACCACAUUGGCCUGAGUGAAUAAAAUCUGAUAAUGAAUUUACUUAGAAUAACUUCUUGUAUUGACUUGGACAUGUUACUUAAUAUAAAAUGAUUGUCUCAUUAAUCAGAUCAACCAAAACCAAUUUUGAAUCAGACUUUAGUGGAAUGCGAUAUCUACAAACACACAACUGUAAAUUAGUUUUAUGUGUCUUAAUUUUGCAAAUUUACCCAGUUUUAUUAAUAUUUUUCUACAAUUAAAAUAUUGCAUUCCAACUACUUUUCCUCCUUCAAGUCUCCAACUUACCUCUUUCCUUGCCUGAUUAUGCUUCAUGUCGUAGUGUGAAUCUCUGUAAUGACCUAAUGUGACACCAUAUAAAAACUUUACAUAUAUUAAUUUGAACAUUGUGUGUCCCUGAAGUCUCUAACAAGUGAACAACUUUGAUUAAGCUUAAUCUGUUCUCCUGUAAUGCCCACACAUGAAUUUGAACUAAGAACGUUGAUAGCUCUCAACAUUUGGAGCACCAGAUGCUUAUCUCUGUGCUUGCUUUUCCUUUCUUUUCCACUGUCCACUUACCUAAACAAUUCACUAGUUUUGGGAAACUGAGACUUCUGUUAAUAACAAGCAGAGGCCCAUCUGCAAUAAAGAUAGAAAAUGCUGGAAAUAUUGAGUAGGUCUGACAACAUCUGCAGCAAGAGAAAGAGAAUUCAUGUUUUUGUUGAAUGAUCUUGAGUGAAAACUUUAUAAAAUUGGCUAACAACACAGACAACUGGUUGGACUUGUUACAUUAUUAAUCAAGAUACUACUAAAUUAUGGUGUAUUCAUUUUUAGUAAUAUUAAAAUUCUCAGAUUUGUAACAUUUGAUAUUUGUAUUGAAGUAUUUAUAUUUCUGCUAACUUCCCUACUUUUUUCUUUUUAAAUUCAAACACAAAGUAUAUAAUUUUUACCACAGUUAGUUGUUAGUAUUGUUGCUAUUUAUUUGUUUUAGUACAAAGUAUUAGACAAUCAGCUCUGCAGUUAAUCCAGCUCAUUGUUUUGCAUUAAAAUUUCAUGUAUAGACAUUAUUUUUUGGAUUCAAACAUCACUAACACGUAUUAAAAAACAAAUAUUUUGACUUACAUUGUACUUAAUUUUCAGUUCAAUAUUUAAUCAAACAUAUCUCUUGUUGGAAAGUAGUUGUAUAUUAUUUUGAACAUUUAUGUAGUAAUAUGCCUUUGUAAUUUUGUAUUUUAUUUUUAAAUGUAUUAAUUACUUGUAGGUAUUAGUUUGUCCAAAGACAAUACAGGUUGUACCUUCCUAAUCCAGCGCACUCUGGUCUAGCAAUCUCUGUGACCCAGUAUCCACAGUAUAGUCCCAGUUCUGGUUUUAGAUUCUAUAAACUGGCUAUUUAGGUGUCAGGAUCAUGGCAUAUACCUGCCCAGUCUGCGCUCAAAUCUAUUUUAUAAUGUGAUUUUUUUUUUCUGUUUGCAAUAAUUCAGAUACUACUUAUUGGAUCCUUCGGUGAAAUGAUUUAUUUUAUUGCUCACAGCUAGGCUGUGCAGGAGGUAUUUAAAAAAAAAUGCUUCAACCGCACACAGGAACAAAUGCCUCUUGUGCCAUUGGUACUUAUGCAACAUUAUCCCUUUCCAUGUUUUCUAUUAAGGGGUCAUUUGUUGUUUCAAAAUAUGAAUUACAGCAAGAAAGCUCAGUUGAAUUUAAUGAUGAAAUGCAGAAGGAUUGUGAUAACCAUGUUGCACAGUGCUUUUUAAAGUGUGUAUGACCUUUUGUGUUUCAACAGUCCCAAGACUGCCUGAUUACAAAGAUGCAACCUGUACUGUACUGUGUAGUAGAGUUUGAAUGUUGCUGGAAAAUGUCUUAAUCAGAAUCAAAUACCUGAUUAAAUCAGUUGUACUAUGCAUAAGAGCUUUAUUUAAUAACUUAAAGUAUUAUGG